GGGCUUGCCCCUUGUUCCCGAGGACGGAGCGAAGCCCGUUAGUGGCGGCGCGGGCACCGCCACCCGCGCCGCGGGGCUGCCCGUCCUGCUGGCGACGUGCCAGCGUGGGCCUCCCCCCGUCCUCGGGGCUGGGGGCCCUGUCCCCGGCGGCCUUAGGCCGCGAGGCCGUUGUUGGGAGUGCCGGGCCUCGGGGGGGCGGCCCCCUAAGUGGGGCUUUGUGCGUCCCCCCUGCUCGGCGGGCGGUUGGAGGGACCCCCUGUAAUCAGGCGGGUGUCCCGCGGGGUCCCCCGGCCUCUCACAGGCGUGGGGCUGGGCGUGUGCCCUCCCUGCCCUCGGGGCCCAGCUCAGGGCCUUAGGCCACGAGCCCCAGUGCCUGGCCCUUGAGCCAGGUACUUGAUGCUGCGGGGGAAGGCCGAGCUCCGUGGCUCCCUGGGUGUGGACCCGCCUGUAAGCAGGGUCCGGGUCUGGGAGCCUUUGCGCUCCCUCAGCUGGCAGCCUGUGCGGGGCGACCGCCCCGUUAGCGGGGAGCGGGUCAGGUGCCCCCCGAAGCGGAGAGAAGGAGCCUCCGCAGGCCUUUGGGCCCAGGGCCCCCCUGUAAGUCGGGGCCAGUGCCCUGGUGUCCCAGGCGCUUUGUGGUCCAGGCAGCAGCCGGAGCCCCCUGUAAGCAGGGCGGCAGGCUCUUUGGCCGCUGCUUCGCAUGCCCAGCUGCCUUUGCCCAGAGGGCCCGGCUCCCCGCAGCGGCUGGGACUGCGCCGUGCGUCGCCGUGAAGCCGUCGGAGAAGAGAGCGGAAGAGGCGUCGCGAGGGAGGGACGGCAGCGCCGACGCGGGAAGACGUUCUGCUUCUCGGGCCCACCUGCCAGUACCUUGAGGGUUCUCAGCUGGAGGAGCGGCCUUGUCACCAGCACUGGUCACCAUCGCACACCGGGGCUCCUGCACACCCAACAUCCCUGACACUAUUUCUUCCCUUCCCCAGUAGGGAAGCUGUGGAUGACCCAUCCCUGGAGGUGUUUAAGGCCAGGUUGGAUGGGGCUCUGAGCAACCUGGUCUAGAGGAAGGUGUCCCUGCCCAGGGCAGGGAGGCUGGAACGAGAUGAUCCUCGAAGUCCUGUCCACCCCAAACCCUUUCUAUGAUUCUAUGAUUUCUUUGCUUUUCCGCUGCCGUGGAGGCAGAAGCGGCCGGCGCUCCCUCCCCUGCUCCUGCUGCACCCUGGCCUCAUUGCCGACGACAAGUGACCAGUUUCCAACCUUGCUAAGUCGCUGGCUCGAUCUACUAACCCCCGUGUGCCGGUGCCAGCAGCCAUCCCCGGCGGGACACGGGUCCCCUCGCUUCCCCCGGCGGGGGUAUCCCGGCCAUGAGGCGGCGGCCGAGUCGAAGCGCGGCGCGGCGGGGACGGGAGGAUCCGCGGGCGGGAAGAACGGCGGGAGGAGCCGCCGUCGGCAGCGGGAAGAACGGCCGGAGGAGUCGCGGGACGCGCCGAGGCCCCGGAGCGCCCCCGCCCCUUCCCCGCGGGCCGGUGACGCGGCCCCGGAAGGCGCCGCCGUCACUUCCCCGGCCGCCAUCUUGUCGGGGCUGAGGCAGCGCCCGCCGGCCCCGCUCCGUGUGCGCGGCCCGCCCGCCCCAGCCCGCCCCGCCAUGGCCAACAACAGCCCCGCGGUCGCCAACUGCCAGGGGCAGCAGGCGGCCCAGCACCCGCCCGGCGCCGUCCCGCCCGCGCAGCAGCCGCUGCAGGGCGGGGGCCCCAAGCCGGCGGCCUCGGGCAAGCCGGGCAACGUGCUGCCGCUGUGGGGCAACGAGAAGACCAUGAACCUGAACCCCAUGAUCCUCACCAACAUCCUCUCGUCGCCCUAUUUCAAGGUGCAGCUCUACGAGCUCAAGACCUACCACGAAGUGGUGGACGAGAUCUAUUUCAAGGUUACACAUGUUGAACCAUGGGAGAAGGGCAGCAGGAAAACCGCAGGCCAGACAGGGAUGUGUGGAGGGGUGCGUGGUGUUGGAACUGGAGGAAUUGUGUCCACUGCCUUUUGUCUGCUCUACAAAUUAUUUACCCUGAAACUCACUCGUAAGCAAGUGAUGGGCCUUAUAACUCAUACAGACUCUCCAUAUAUUAGGGCUCUUGGAUUUAUGUAUAUUAGGUACACACAACCACCUACAGAUCUAUGGGACUGGUUUGAAUCCUUUCUUGAUGACGAAGAGGACCUGGAUGUGAAGGCAGGUGGGGGUUGCGUUAUGACCAUUGGGGAGAUGCUUCGUUCCUUCCUCACAAAGCUUGAAUGGUUUUCCACCUUGUUUCCAAGAAUUCCUGUGCCAGUCCAGAAAGCUAUUGACCAGCAAAUUAAAAGCAGACCUAGAAAAAUCAAGAAAGAGGGCAAGGAGGGAAUGGAAGAAAUCGAACGGCAUGCAGAACGUAGACGUUCAAGGUCUCCAAGACCAAGAUCGAUCAGUCCCAGGAGGUCUCCCAGAAGAUCCAGAAGCAGAAGUCACCAUCGGGAAGGCCAUGGAUCAUCUAGUUUUGACAGAGAACUAGAAAGAGAAAGAGAACGGCAGAGAUUAGAACGUGAGGCAAAGGAGAGAGAAAAAGAAAGGCGGAGAUCUCGAAGUACUGAUCGCACACUGGAACGGAGGCGAAGCAGGAGCAGGGACAGAUACAGAAGCCGUAGUCGAAGUCGUGACAGGAAAGGAGAUAGAAGAGACAGGGAUAGGGAGCGAGAAAAAGAAAAUGAACGGAGUCGAAAAAAAGAGAGAGAUUAUGAUAAGGAAAGAGGUAGUGAGAGGGAAAAAGAUCGAUCUAGAGAAAGGUCAAAAGAAAGAAAAAGUAAGGGUGAUACAGAAGAGAGAAGACACAAGGAUGACAAGGAUGAGAAGAAACACCGGGAUGACAAGAGGGAUUCCAAAAAAGAGAGAAAACAUAGUAGAAGUCGAAGCCGGGAAAGAAAACAUAGGAGUAGGAGCCGCAGUAGGAACACAGGUAAGCGCAGCAGAAGCAGGAGCAAAGAAAAAUCAAGUAAACAUAAAAAUGAAAAUAAGGAGAAGUCGAAUAAACGAAGUAGAAGCAGAAGCAGAGGAAGAACAGAUAGUGUUGAGAAGUCCAGAAAACGAGAUCAGAGUCCCAGCAAAGAAAAAUCUAGGAAGCGUAGCAGAAGCAAAGAACGUUCCCACAAACAUGAUCACAGUGAUAGCAAGGACCAUUCUGACAAACAUGAUCGCCGAAGGAGCCAAAGUACAGAACGAGAGAGCCAGGAAAAGCAAGAGAAAAUCAAAGAUGAGACUCUGUGAAUUCUUUCAGAAGUGGAUCACAUUGAAUCCUAUAAAUGUUUGAUUAAAUCCUGCUUAUUUUUUCUUAAAGUUGAGAUUGUGCAGUAGUUGAUGAGCACUCUUCUCCAACCUCCCUCUAGGCUGCAGAUUGUCAUUUCCUAUUUUGGGUAGGGAAGUGCCUUUGUAAACCCAUUCAAUGCAUUGACGGUUUCAAACCAUUUGUUUAGUUUAAUUUGUAAUGCAGAGAUUGUUUUUGCAUUUUUAUUGUUCAGAUGUUUCUGAAAUGUACAGUCUGUACAUAUGUCCUGAAAAUGUUUUAAUUCCUUCGGCAUGGUUGCCAUGUUGGUUAAAUUUGUAUGAGGCAAUAAACUGCCACUAAUUAUACUUCCCUUUCGUAGACGUGGAAUUAUGGUUUGUAUCCUGAAGUUAGCAUGGCUGUGCUUUACGUAAUAGUAUGGCUUUUAGGGAUGGAUCUGGAAUGUGUACUAUAGCUGAGAUAUUUAUGUGCAUACAAUGUACAUUGAGGGCUGCAGAUUUAGAACUAACAUUUAUGUCCACUGUACCUGCUGUUUUCUUCAAAGCUUUGUAUUAUGUUGAUCACCAGUGGUGUUAAAUUAGUGGACUUUCAAAGAGAUAGUGGUUUUGAUGCAAGGAUUUAGAUGAUGUUGGGGCUUGUUUAGUAAUUCUGUAGAAAGGCUACCUCAAGCGGACACUGUAAAGGUUGACAGAUGAGUACCGUAGCCAUCUAUGCAUUUUAUUUGUUUGAAAAAAAUCCAUGUAAGCUUCCUUUUUUUUUUAAACACAAUUUAUCCAUUUGUGGUCUUUUAAUGUUUUUGUUUUUUUAAUCAUCAGCUGCACUCUGUCAUUUAUGUUAAUCCUGGGCUAAUAAAGGCAUUUAAGAUGGGAAGAGGGAGGUAGGAAGAAGAAAAAUGUUACAAAGGAUUUCAGUUUCAAGCUUCCAAAGCAUUUUUAUAAGUGUAAACAUUUAAAAUAUGAACUAAAUGACAGUGUCCUUUUUUAAGUCAUAUUUUCUACAAAUAGGAAGGAUCGCAGUUCAUGCUGAACAUUUCAUCUGGCAGAUUUUUUUUUAAAACAGGUUGUUAGAAGCAAAAACCAAAAUGGAUUAUAGAAGAAAAUCAUAUCAAUACAGUCCAAGUCUAUUUGGUAGAUUAUUCUGAUGACUUGUAUACUAAGUGAGGAGAACCAUCUGGAAUAAACUCUCAAUUAAUUCCUUUGUA